AGAGAAGCGAUCGCGAGAAAAAAAAAAUGCAACCUCCCAAAAUAAAGAGCAAAGAUUGCAUUAGGAGCGAACAGCUCUGCAGAAAUAGAUGGCAGCUUCGUGUCAGUGAGUUUGCAUCCCCCUUCCUGAUCCCCGAGCUGGAGUGAUUAGAGCCCUGGAAGGGAAUUGUUACUCCCGUGGAGAAGUCCCCUUUUCCUGGCAGUCGUCUGCACUGUACACGCUGGAUGCCUCUCUCCAUCCACCCCACUCACGCUCUCCUCUCUCACCUCCUCUCUCCCUCUCCUGCAUUGAUUUUUUUUUUCCUUUUUAGUUGACUGAAACAAAACAAAACAAAAGGGCCACUGGAUGUCUGCCUUCUUGGGGGGUGAGCCAGACAGACUGACAAACAAACAGACCCAACUGUGCUCGGGGGAGGGUUUCGCCUCCCGUUUUGCCCGGCAGCAGCAGCAUGGACGUGUUGGCUAGUUAUAGUAUAUUCCAGGAGCUACAACUUGUCCACGACACCGGCUACUUCUCAGCUUUGCCAUCCCUGGAGGAGACCUGGCAGCAGACAUGCCUUGAAUUGGAACGCUACCUACAGACGGAGCCCAGGAGGAUCUCAGAGACCUUUGGCGAGGACUUGGACUGCUUCCUCCAUGCUUCUCCUCCCCCGUGCAUUGAGGAAAGCUUCCGGCGCUUAGACCCCCUGCUGCUCCCGGUGGAAGCAACCAUCUGUGAGAAGAGCUCGGCAGUGGACAUUCUGCUCUCUCGGGACAAACUGCUAUCUGAGACCUGCCUCAGCCUCCAGCCAACCAGCUCUUCUCUAGACAGCUACACAGCCGUCAACCAGGCCCAGCUCAACGCAGUGACCUCAUUAACGCCUCCAUCGUCCCCUGAGCUCAGCCGCCAUCUGGUCAAAACCUCACAGACUCUAUCCGCCGUGGAUGGCACGGUGACGUUGAAACUGGUGGCCAAGAAGGCUGCACUCAGCUCCGUAAAGGUGGGAGGGGUUGCAACAGCAGCAGCGGCCGUGGCGGCAGCCGGGACCGUUAAGAGUGGACAGAGCGACAGUGACCAAGGAGGGCUAGGGGCUGAAGCAUGCCCCGAAAACAAGAAGAGGGUUCACCGCUGUCAGUUUAACGGGUGCCGGAAGGUUUAUACAAAAAGCUCCCACUUAAAGGCCCAUCAGAGGACUCACACAGGUGAGAAGCCUUACAAGUGCUCAUGGGAGGGAUGCGAGUGGCGUUUCGCACGAAGCGAUGAGCUCACGAGGCACUACAGGAAACACACAGGUGCAAAGCCCUUUAAAUGCAACCACUGCGACAGGUGUUUUUCCAGGUCUGACCACCUUGCCCUCCAUAUGAAGAGACAUAUCUAAAAAACCGGAAGGCCAGAGUUGCCAUGGCGUCAGCCGAUGUCUGAAGGAAAUGCCGUGAGCAGGGGGCUGGACUUCAGGCGGGGACCCAUUGCCUCGCAGAAGAAAGUUCUCACUUAUAAACCUCUGUGUACACACACACAUACACGCACACUCACACGCAGACCCCCCCACACCGUCAUGCACUCAACUAUAUUUAAAAUAUAUACGUCUAUUCGUUAUGCCUUGCCCUAGCCAGAUGGUGGAAGACGAAGAAGGAGACCAGGUGAACUCAGCAAGGCAGACUGGCUGCUCACUUCAGCACUAUUGGAAUUAUUUCCCGCUGUUGCCAAUGGAAAUCACAGAAAACGGAUGUGACGUCUCUGCAGGUGGACGGCAGUCCGAGGGGCUUAUUUAACUUGCUUCUCAGUGCAACUUGAUAGGAGAAUCCAGCGUCUUACAGUUGCAUAUGUGUAGCACUAAUGUUUCUUUUUAAAUAGUUGGGGGAAAAUGACCUAGAAAACCAAAUUGCAGUUUGGUAGCCAAAAUUAACUCUUGGUUUAUUUGUCCUUUGUGUGUGAAAAGUCCUACUAUCCCAUGCGUCAGACUUCCUCACAGAACUGUCGAUUGGUUUUGGUUCUUCUUAGUACUAUUGAGAUCUUUCGCGUCGAUCCCAACGGCCUUAGCGGCGGCAGACUCUGGAAUAACACCUUAUACCUUUCUGGCCUGCGUUUCUCUAGACUUCACUCUCAAGGGAGGAGUUUUCUUUUCUUACUUUUUGACUCUUGCACACCAUAUGCACUAGGGAUUCUGGAAACUUCUAGCAUGACUGCAAAGUGGCCAAGAGAAUAAAGUCCUUGAUGAUAAAUCACAGUAUAUCCCUUGAGCCUCACCUUAUUGCCAGUGCUAGAUUUUUUCUUUUUAAUCUCUCUGUUUUUGCUAACGAAAACUUGAAAAGCUUAUUUGGAAGCUUAGAUGUUUUAUCUUUUCUCCAUGGACUAAAAGCUCUCCAGGACUCUCCCGGCACCUGGAUGUCCAGCUCUCGAAGCAGCCGAUCAGAUGGGACAUCACAGUUCUCUCGUCCUCCCUGAGGCAUGAUGACCUCAGCUCGUGGUGAUCAACCACUGCUGUGUGUCAUUGCUACCCUAUAACCAGUUACGGCGUAGAUGUCGCUAGUGUCAGAGGGCAGCUGCGUAUUUAAUCUAACUCUGGGUUAUGACCUGACAAAAAGCCAAAAAUAUCACUCUUUCCAGGAGUGGGGAAAACUGAGGAUGCCUCCAAGUCUAGUGGCUUCACAAAACAUCACCCAAUCUUCCUCUCUCAUACCCACUGAGCUCAUAUUACCCCACUUGUUACAAUACACAAUUCAGAAUGCCAUCGUGGUAUUGAAGGGUUGACAUUUAAGGAAAGGGUUGAGGUGUUUCUCUCAUGGGCUGUCUAAAAGGAAAGACAUGUCUCUUAUUUUUUUGUUUGUUUGUUUUUUUGGUUUUUUGGCUAGGCCCACCAAGACUCGUGACCUAGAAUACCCAGGAUCAAGAGAGGCCUCACAUUCACUCUGCAAGCCAACUCCAAGGGGGUCUGCAGUCCUUGUCAUACCACACACACACACCCAACACUGGUCUCUAUCUACCCGCAUUCCUAGCUAGCUGGCACUGGCCUCAACUCCAAAGACUGCCUUUAGGACCAUCAAAUGGCCUAUGCAAGCAAGCGGGGUGGUUAUUAGGACAGAUUGUAUAUUUUGUAUAUUCUGGGACCAUCCCUUCAAGACACGUCUAUAACACAAAAAUGGCAUUUGGUCCGCACAUGGUUGCUGCUUCUCCCUACCAGCUGGCUCUCUCCUGUCCUCCUUUGACUGUUUGACUCAUUGACUGUUAAAAUGCCACCCCAUACAUAUUUGGGAUGCAAAACUGAAGUCUUUAAAAGGAAAUAAUCAUAUAAGAAACACAAACACAUAUAUGACAGCAACCUUCAAGAUCCUUGGCAUUUGGGUUUUUUCAGCUUUCUGCAACCUUUGCUUUCACUGAAAUGUCGAAACUACUCGUCUGAGGGUAAAGGAACCUCCUUAUCACAAAUGCUGUAGCUGCCAAUUGGACACUUGGGGCAUUUUCAGGUCUGGCCCUAAGAAUUUUCUCUCUCUUUUUUCCUUUUUUCAAUUUAGACCAAAAAACAAAACAAAAAAAACAAAAAAAAAAGAAAAAAGAAAAAAAACCCCAAACACACACGUAAAACCUGUCCAUUUGCCAGAGGCAAUUAUGUAUAUGUUAGUUGGAGGGUAUUAAAAAAAUCCGUUUUAUUCCAAAGAUUUAAAACUAGACAUGACUUAGAAACAAUUUCUGGAGCACUGCUUGCUGACAAUCUCGUAGUUCUCUACUGCAUUUGAGUGCAUUUUGUGGCCAGUCCAUCAGGGCGUACCAUGGGAUUAUAUUUGAAUGUGUGGUGCAUCCUUCCUGGACGAAGGAUGUGUGAGGAACCUUGAACCUCAGCUGUAUUAAACUGUAGCGCCUCCAGUCAGUGCACUAGAUGAAACUUUAGAUACCCCAAAUUUUGUUGGUUCGUUUAUUUUCCUUUCUCUAGCAGCCUCCAGCAUGAAUGCACGCACACACCAGUGAUGGCAUUAAGCCGUGGCUGCCACGAUUUGCAAAUGUUCUCUCCUAAGCUGGAGCUGCUCUUGCCUCUUGAAAUGCUAUUAUUAAGGGUUUAUAAUACUUAAUUUAAUUUUUGAACUGACCAAUGCAAGGCUCUAUUAAAAAGAAAGUUUAAAAAAAAAAAAGAAUGCAAAAGAGUAAUCAUUGCUUGUUUGCUCCCUAUUGUCAUCUGUGGUCUCAUUUGAAUGUGGCAGAACAAAGACCCUUUGGUCCUCAUCAGUGUCUGAAACCUUUGGUAAUUUCUCUCUCUUUCGUGUCAGUGAGGUCCUUUGUAAUCUGCUCCUGAACUUCCUCAGAGCAGGGUGCACUGAAACUCCAUGGUGGUGCUUGCUUGCUUCAGAGUCAUUCAUUGACUGUGUGAAUUGGCCUAAGAAUUUGGUGGGUGCUAAGUGGUUGGCUUUGAAACUGUUCUUCUUUAGCCCAGAUGACACUUUUGAAUGAUGGCCAGUCCUAACCUUAGGGUGGGGGUAGCCUUGAUCAUUUUGGGAAUGGAUUUGUGAUAAAAUGUCCAUCACCUCUGAAAUGACAGAGAUGGUUGCUAAGAGCCUCUGGAGGGAACAGACUUUCCAAGAAAUAUCCUGAAGACAUUUUGCUCCCAAGAGGCCUGGUUAUUUUAAAAAGUACCUUAAUGGACAUUUGGCACACAUGUUUAAGUUGUUACCUCCUAACAUUCCUGGGGAUCCCAAAUUUGAAAGGAAAAACCCAGUCUGGUGUUUCUUGUGGUUGUCCUCACAAGUACACCUUAUCCAGGGUUCAGAGUUGGACGUAUAGAAAAAGAGUUUCUAAGCCAGGGACAAUUUCCUUUAUUUCAAGUCAUACUUCUUUCUCCUACCACAUGGCUGUACGUCAGAGACGUGGAAACCUGAAAUCAUAAUACUGCUCCUAGUUGCUGGCCUCCUGCCCCACAAAUGGUUCAUUGGCCCAGCUUAAUGCCUGGUGGUGAUGAGUAUUAUGUCCAGAAAAAGAGAUGUUCAGAUUCCAUGACAAAGUUGCAUUUUGUAAAAACAUUGGCGACCCCCAAAUGAACUUCAUGCUGACCGUUUCCUUCUCUCUCUGUGCUUUCCCUUGCAAAGCCCUUCAAAUACUCCCUUCUCUCGAGGCCAUCUCCUCCCCACCUGCACCUCUUGUGCCCUUGCGCAUCUUCGAAUGCCUGAUUGUAACAGGGUAAAAAGACAGCCAACCUCAUGCAUGAUUAGCAGAACUGAUUCCUAGCUUUAAAAAAUCUUCUUUGAAGCCAGAGAAGAUUUUUUAAGGACUUUAGUUUGGGAUGGACUUCCAGAUUAUCCAUGUCUAUUUGCAUCAAAGGGGAAAUAAAUGGCACUUUUGGGUGGCUCGUCUAGUGCAUUCGGGAACAUUCUGCCUCUAGCUCUACUUGCCUGCAUUCUACUGCAAAGCCAAAAGAAGGAAACUCAAAUUGCAGGAACAACAAAACCAGAUGAUUAGUUUUGGUGGUUCAAAAUGAUUUCCUCAAUGGAAGUCACUUCGCAAACUGUAGAAUCUAGUGGGAAGUGCUUCUCUCACAUGGAUUGUUUUUAGGAGAAGGUAGGGAAAAGUCAGAGAGCUGCAAUACAUUUAAAUACAAAAAUCAGGUUUGUUGUUUCUUUCUUUAAAAAAAAAAAAAUCUUACCAUGGCCAGCAUUUCUGGCUGCAAUUUUGCACCCAGAACAUUGCCAAAGUGAACAUGCAGUAAGUAGAACCUGGUUGAAAUUUACUCCUGGAGGCUUCCCCUUGCAUAUUCCGGAAGUGGCCACCUGCCGAGCACAGGAGUGGGGGGGUGCGGGACAGGAGGGGAGGACUUGCAUUUGGGGUGUGUGGAUUAAAGUUCGGUAAACAUGGUGAUAUCUCAGUUUGAAAACAAGAGGGCCUACUCUGAGUAUACAUCAAUGCCUUUUUGAUGGCCUAUUUCCUCAGUGAGGAUCUUUGGGAAUACUUGAGAUGGAACAACAGAAAUGUGUCAAAGGAAGCAAAAACUGCUUGUAAAUAACGUGACAUCCCAUGACUAACUGCCUGAGGCUUCAGGGUUUUCUCUUGCUUUUAACACUCUCUUAAAUCUCCUCUGUUGGUUCCUAAUAGAUCCCAGAAAGGGGAAAAAUAAAGCUGCAAUUAACU